AACAGAUUCAGCUGUCUGUAGUCUUCUAGAACUGGGAAUCCAGGAUGGAAAGAUAAAACAAAUUUUGAGCUUUGUAGUUUUAUCAAUUCAAUGGAACUACGUCGUAUUCGAUAUCAGUAAAUCAUGGCUGAAGCAGUGCGUCCGAGGAACAAGAAAAAAGGGAAAUCUAAAACUAAGGAUAAAUCGGUUGAUCCUCUUGAAUCUUCUAAAGAGAUAUUGGAGAUAAAAAAUGAAACAAGGUCUAUACAUUUUGAAGAUGAUUGUGAAAAAAAAUCAGAAGCCAUCAUACAAGUUGAAGAGAGGCUUCAACAAGAUGCGAGGAAACAACCAGAAACUAGUAAAAUUGAGGAAACAAAUCACAUUCCCAACCUUUCUCAGAAUGAACCUGAAUGUGUUGAGAAUGAUUUUAGUUCAUCUGUUCAACUUGAAAAUACUCAAAUUGUGAGUGAAUGUGGAUACAAUCAGACUCCCAGCACAUGUGAAGAAUCUAUUUAUGAUAAAUUGAGUGAACUUUUGAUGGAAUCCCCAGAAUUAACAGAGACAAAAGCUCCUUCAGCACCAGCUCCUAGCAUGUUAAAUGCUACUCUCGAGUUCAACUUAGAUCUUCCCUGUGAUAAAAUAGUAGCAGAUACUGCGUUUCCUCAGUCAUUUAAAGACAAUAUCAUUCAAGUUGUUUUUAAUCAACAACAACUAAGCAAUCUAAAGCCUUUCACAGCGGAGCAGCUGGUGUCUUUCUAUGAAAACCAAUUACUUGUGGGCGAGAUGGCUGUGGUGGAAAGUUUUCUGGAUUGCCGAAAACAUUUAGAAUCACAUCCAUUGUAUGAAAGCCUAACAUACUUUCUGCGCUCAAGAUUAAUGUUGAAAAGUACAAUGGAAGAACUGGAUCAAGUGAAUCGGGACGUUGAAAUGUUGACGUCCCAACUUUGGACAACAGAGACUAAAAGGGUCGUGGAAUAUGGCGAAUGCUCCGACAACAAAAAAGUUAAGGGUUACUACGAUUUUCCUGUAGCCCAUCUCAACGAAAAAUCCUCACUUCAACUAAUUCGCCAGCUGCAACAACAACGCGAAAAGAUACAAGAAAAGUUGGUUUUGAGUGUCUACGAAUCUCAUUGGUGGAAACUGCGCGUCGAAUGGCUAAUUUGUCAGGGCAGCCAACAAAGUGAGCAUGGUUCAAUUUCGGUUCUUUUUGCUUUCCUGCGACGGCCAGUCAAAGAUCCAGUGUUUAUCGACCACCUGAAAUCUUGGCUGAACUAUGUUGCUGUUUCUUUGCUGAAAAGAGCUAGAAAAGAAGAUUAUCUCUUCCUCGCCCAUCACGCCUUGCGCUGCCCAACAGGAUUGGCUCGAUGGGGCAGUCCAUACGUGCAGACACCCUAUUACGAUCCUUUCGAAGACCGCCAGGGUACCAACAUCCAUCACGUUGAUGUUGUGUUGGCGCUAUUGUCGAUCUUGUGCCAGCCAGUCCGCAGUCGUCAAGAAUUUCUACAAAGUUGGAUCGAUCCCGACCAAGACAAUCAUUGGGUUUGGCUAGACUCCGAAGGUGAAGAUGAAUGUACCGAUAAUCAAAUGACUGUGAUGAACUUAACGGAUGAUGACCUAUUGUCAUUACUGAAUCAAAUUCCAAUAGCCAAUGUGUUUCGUUUUGCCUUUCAACUUCGGCAACAAGAUCAAGUUGACGUUCUUACCGGACCCAUCAAAGCUGGGCAAUGGCUUCGUUCUUUCGCCAUUGCCCGCCACCUCCUGAGCAUGUUUGAAUCCGGAUUAAAAACCUACCAAGGACUUCGGUACAAGAAUCUGGCUAAGAAAUUCGGUCAGCUAAUUUUGCACACUGUUUGCAAUCUAUCUGAUAUAUGGCAAACCCAACACAUGGAAAGAUUCGUUGAUUCGGCAAUGUUGGAACGAAUAUCAAGAGAAUAUGAACAUGUCGUGCUGGAAGGGUUGUCUUUAUUGAUUCGUACGAGACAACAACGAUCGUGGCAGCUUUUGAGUCGCAUUCCAUUAAACGGAUUGACUCAUCGACUCAGAUUCCAGUUGUGGGUACGGUGGCAUUCGGAGAUCAUUGGCGAACCCAUCGAACUGGAUCAUCUCGACUCUUUGAAUCAAGAAAGUACUUUCUGCGCUGAUUCUUUUUGGAAUCUUCUUGAAACGAAAUUGAUUCAACUUCCCGAACCAGAUAGAUUCGUCUUCCUAGUGACUUUGGCGGCAAUGGCCAGUGAUGAAUCAGCCUCAUCGGACAAUAGCUUUCUUCAAUUGGUCGCCUGGGAGUUAACCGAGUUGGGACUGUUGAGUGAAAUCACGAGGGAGAUCUGCUUUGAAACGGCUAAAGAUCUCUUGGUGGGUAUCAUCGACCGUUACCCGCCUUUCGUUUCUUUCAUCUUCGAAAGGUUGAAGCAACAUCACAAGUUACCGGUUGAUUCGUUGGCUUUUUACAAGGAUUUACCGUUACAUCAAUGGCAGCCCACGAUAAAAGAUUUCCAGUUACUACGAGAUUGGCUGCUGAACGAAGCUCUCGAUUCUGUUCGUCAUCAACUCGCUGUCACAGUGCUGACUCGUUUGAACUGGGCGUUAGAAGAUGUCCCUAAACGUCCGUUCCUGGGCACUGCUUUCCACCAGCAAACGGCUUUAUUGUUGACGGAAGUUGUUUCUAUUCAUGGCAGGCUUCCAGUUCCUUCGGCCGUCCCCGUAUUGGCUUCAAAUUUUCUGGCUGAUUCGGUGCAAUUUCUCACAAGUUUUUCUCGUUCUUGGAAUUCUUCGAGUGUGGUCCAGUGGGCUUGGCAUUUAGUCCUUAAACUUCGCCUCCACAUUUUCGAUUGUUUUCCGGAUCAUCUUGAGUGGAUGCUUCACCAUCCGCAACAGGCCUUCCGUACUGUACGGCAGUUAAAAGAAGACCCUCACUUGUUAGUUUUGCGCCAAUCACCUACUCCCUUCAGCUGCUAUGUAGCGCUAUCUAUGACUAAUGCUGGGCACAGCGUUCCGGAAUUCUGUUCGAUCGGCGUCGAUCUCUUGUACACUUUGAGUAUCGCCGAUCAACAUCGCCCGGUCGUGGCCAUCCUCAACCAUUUAUUUCCACUCUUAGUCACUUGUCCUGAUGUGCUGUAUGAUCAGGGAAAAUUGCUGGACAUCUUCCAACGGCUGGUCCAGGCCGAUUUGACUUACUACAAGAGGGCCAAGAACUUAUUGACCACACAAUUUCCCGGAGAUGUUCUCAAAAUGAUGGCUACUUUGAUUGAAAUCACCAUUUGGAAGUUAAACGGGUUGAAUUUGGCUGGAGCCACACCUGCCCUUGAAAUUUGGAUAAAUAUUCUCACCAGUUUUACCAAGUGGAAUGCAGACAAAAGUAUUCUUUACCUGCUUGACACUUUGUCGCGAACCGCUUGGAUGGAUCCGGUUAGUAGCCAAAGUUGUCGUCGCAUUUUAUCAGUCGUCCUUCAAGAAUCCUCUAAAGUCCAUCGGCCGUCUAAAGGACUUGUUUCGCGUGUGGGUAAUUGGGUCAGCGGUUCGUCUGAAGCCCUUGGCCACUUGGACGCAACCGAAUUAAUUCCACCCACCCCAACCUUCCCUUAUCUUUCGUGGAUCAUCAUGGAACUGGAAUUUGAACGCCAGUCUAAAAUGUGGCAACAUCUCACCAUCGAUUUACAACCGGGCAAAGUUAAAAGUGUCGAACAGGCUUUAAAAUCAAUUGCUGGAUUUCUAAAAAUCCCUCCCAUUGGUGUCAACCAACUUUGUCUAGUUCGAUAUGCGCAAAUGGCAGUGGAAAUUGGUUUAGAACAUCCGCUGCUUCCUGUGAUCAUUCAGCGUUUCUUCAGUCUCUACUUUUCUCGUCCGGAAUCCACGGAAAUCGGCAGCGAUAGUUGGGCCAUUGGGCAACGAAUCAUGACAAACUCUCCUGCUCUUUCUUCUUUAUUGAAACGACUUGUUUUGAAAUGGGAAGAAGGUGUUCAACUAUUUCAGAACGACCGCAUACGUUCCAGCUUCUUACAGAGUUGUUGUCUUUGGGUGGAAGACGUUAAACUGUUGGAACCGCAUGUUUAUUUGCCAUCACUAGCGCCCAAUUACCAUCCAGCGCGAUUGCUUCAACUCUUCGAAGGCUCCGAUAUGUGGUUGGAUCUCUGCAAUUUCAACACUAUCCAUGCGGAGCGUCAAGAGCUCAGAGAAUCAUGGAACAAGGAGAGAAACAUCACUACUUCUGUAGUGUUCCAUAAAAAAACAGGAGAUUUUUUACAACUCAAUAAAGACACAAUAUUUACAAGACUGCAAUCCUAUCCUGAACCUAUUCGAUUAGCUCAAGUAGCUCUUCAACGGCCCUUCUCGAGACUAGGAUUAGCUGCGUUCCAGAAUGCCGGUGACCUCCGUCGACUACUCAAUCCACACCUUCAAGUCGUCGUAGAUUGUGCCGACCAAUUCAGUAGACGUAUGGCCGAAUUGACGUCGUUGGAUUGCCACUAUGCCGAGCUUUUAAUGGAACUUUAUUGUCCCUAUCGAUCAGAACGGACAUUGACGGUCAAAUGUGAUGGAACACAAUCUGGAGUUUGUAGCGGCUCGGCUGUAAUCAAACUGAGUUGCGAGCCCUGGCGAAUCAACUCUUCCGUUCGUAAACAAUUAGACACGAAUAGGCAGGAAGCGAUCCGUUUGCGAUCAGAUUUCCAAGACCCCAACACCCAAAAGCUUUGCGUAGCCGCUCUUCUCCUUGAAGACUGUGUCGAACAAAUUCGAGCUUCAUCGGAGCCCAAGGUUUUGGAGACAGGAGCAGCUCUCUUUUAUAUUCUAGUUGAACUUGUUAGUGAAGAGAGUAAUAGCUUUUUACCAACCAAGCAGUUACUCUCCACUUGCCUUGAAGGAUUAGGCCAGUGUUGUAUUGCGGGACAUCCCGAACAGUGCCGAAACCUUGUAGGAUUGUUGAGUAGCAAUUCUAAUUUGGCCGGUCUUGUGGCACCUCAUUUUACACCAUCUACGCCGGAUCCUUCCAGUGCCGCCAUUGCCGCUUUCUUAGACUCGUAUCGGCUGGUCACAACCCUAUCCAAACAUGAUAGUGAUCUUAUUCUAGUCCUUCUUACUAAGUUUGACGUUCGUUGGUGGUUGAAUUGUAGAGAAUGCUAUCCACAGGAUCGCGUGAAACUUCUGGAUAUCAUCAUUACUGCUUUAGAUAGUUUUGGCCCAACACCAAUUGAAAAGGCACAAGCCGUCCAUGAAAUCCUGCGACGCCAUUUGCAACAUGUAUUGUUACACAAUUUUCCAGAGCAGUAUAACCGAGUCCUGCAUCUACUGCUGAAAUCCAGCGAAGCCCAGAGCUGCAGCCCGGCUCUUUGGUGCGACUUGAUCAAUACCCUAGGUCAGGGAUUACUCCGGUUUCAACCCGAAUCGAGCAUGGAAGAGUUUCGUCAACAGGUUUUGCAAUACACCACUCAACAGACGCUACUGGAUGUCAAUCGAAUGAUGGAGACGACCAUAAUUUUGUCACAGCAUUUUUCCAAAGAACGACAGCUUCACGGUCUUUAUGGAUUGUAUCCGAAAUAUCGACCUUAUGUCCACGUUGUUACUUGUUUUCUACUGACCAUCGGCCAUGGAUUGUGUUUUGCCACUUUGCAAAUUGAUGCUGGAACACCUUCAGAUUUAUUGGUUGGGCAGCUUUGGACUAGUAUUCGUGAUCUUUAUUCUCCUUGGAUACUACCAUACACCCAACAACACGUAAAUUCUAAUUGCGCAGCUUGGAUACAACAUGCGUCUUCUGACCGUACACUCUUGCUGCCGUGGAUCGCUGCCGAUAGCGGUUUGGCUUCGUUAAUGGCUUCUUCCAUCAUACACUGCAUCAACUUCAUCCAUGAGACGAUUCCUGCCAAGCAGAGCAUUCUGUCUCAGAUGCUAACCUUCUACUUGCAUGGAUUCUGCCACACAGCCGUCAAACCACACAUACUUCAGGUAAUUCAUCAAGCACUGGAUAAUCUACCCUGGCAAUCGUUUAUCCCUUCACUGAAUGACCUGGAGCAAAUGGUGCGUGUUGUGGGACAGUUCUUGCCCGAAGUUCAUUCGUUCCUAGUCAGUCUUUUCGUUCGUUGCUCCUUGUCGUCCCUCAUUGCACAGUGUAAGUCUCAACCGGCAACCUGUGCCCGAUUACUAGCUUGUUUGCUUCAUCUGCAUGUCCGAUUGGCUGGAGAACCAACCGCUCAACAGAAUCCAAUGAUGAAACGUAUACUAGAUGAAGCUUGUUCAUAUCCUUGGCAAUACAUAGACCCCAACGUCUAUGACCAAGUAUUAAACUGGUACGUCUCUACCUGUGAUCCGCUUUUCGUUUUGCAACCUUAUUUAGAAAGACAGGAAACAUCAUCCAGUUCCAACGAUGCUCUCGUGUUUCGUUUAUUGCAAGCUGCCAGUGGCUACCAUAUUCAAUCGUCUGAUCAAAUUGACAAUUCAUUUAAGAGACAAAUGUUUAUUCGAUCCUGGAUUCGUCUUGUGGCUUUGACUGUCUCUCGUUACCGAUCUCUCAACCAGCAACAUCCUAAAGCUAUAAUAAAUGCAGUUAGUUGUCUUUUGGAAUUCAUCUGCCACAAUAGUCAGCAUGCGGAAUACAGGAGUGCCAUUCAUGAGUAUUUAACGGUGGCCGUGUCCAGCUCUAGUCUGAUUGCCGACGCCCUUCAAAACUGCAUAUGCCAGCGGAUUAAUUCGUACCCUGUCGAUCCCGCCUUGGUAGAGACUGUUCUGCGAGUGGUUACUUCAAUCGGUGGUGGUCACUCUGACUUGAAACGAGUUGCUGCUGUGCUGGAAACUGCCUUGGAACAUUUAGAAGGAACUCGCUCCUUUAUUUUUGGAUUGCUCCCCACAGGAGGUUUGAAGGAACUGACCAGAGUUUGCUGGCAGCAAGGAUGUCUUUUGAGUUGGUAUUGCCUGGUUACCAAUCAGGGAAAAAUCGAGGUAGAAGACGAGUCGUAUAUCCUAGAACAGAUGCUUUCCAACUGCAAACUGCUCUCCUUAAGUGAAGCAUUGGAGCCAAAACUGUGCUUUAUGUAUGAGAGACUGGUGAAUGUUUGGAAUAUAGCCUCGCCGGACAUCAGCCCCCACAGGACAGCUGUUAAAUCAGAAUGGUGUGAGCUGCUUAGUUCGUGGAUUGAGGAAAACAAAAGUUGGUUAUCAACAAUCGGUCUGGGCAAAGUUCCCAAACUCUCAUCCAAGGGGCGUUGUUUGGCUCAUGUGAUGUUGUGUUAUCUGCAACCAUCUGGAGAGUCCUUGAAUCAGCUAGAGAUGAAAUGGAAAGUAAAUCGCCAGAACGCAGAUUGCAAGCCAGCGAUAGAGUGUGCCUUGGAAAUUCUGAAAUCUGAAAUCCCUGAUGGAACAAUACUGCUUCAAACCAUUGUUCCCCUAUUAUACGCUCGUCCUUAUCUGUUGCGUUUAAUUGCCCAAACCUAAUUAUUGAAUUUUUUUUCGUCCCCUAUUUCGCUUGAAAUACCAAAUUUUUAAAAACGUUUCAUUGUUAGCGGAAUCCGACAAAAUUUUGUGAAGAAAAUCAAGACAAUGAAAUAAUACAUACAUUUUUAUAAUCGUAA